AUGGAGGCUGUUAUCAAGGAUCGGAGAGGCUCUGUGCUAGGGAGGGGCUCUAUACUUAAAAUGUACUUCUUUCCUGGGCAGAGAACUUCUAGCCAUAUACAAAUACAUGGUGCGCCUCAUGUUUACAAGGUAGAAGGUUACCCUGUCUACAGCAUGGCCACACUGACACCUAAUAUCACUGGAGCCAAAGAGAUGUUAUCAUUCUUGGGUGCCAGGGGAUCAGUAAAUGGUGGAAAAAAGAUUAUAAUUACUGAUCUGAGAGAGGAAGCUGUGGUUUACAUCAAUGGUACACCUUUUGUUCUCCGGGAACUGAGCAAAGCUGUCGAUACACUGAAGCAUGUGGGGAUUACUGGUCCAAUGGUGGAACAUAUGGAGGAACGACUAAAAGAGGAUAUUAUAUCAGAGGUUACUCAGACUGGUGGACAAAUGCUUUUGCAUCGUGAAGAGUACAGUCCUACGCUGCAUCAAUCUAGUAUUGUUGGAUACUGGGAGAAUAUUUUUACAGAAGAUGUCAAGACUCCUGCAGAAGUUUACAAAGCACUAAGAGAUGAAGUCUAUGAUGUAGAAUACAGGCGAAUACCUUUAAUGAGAGAGAGAGAAGCUUUAUCAUCUGAUGUUGACGCUAUUCAGUAUUGUAAAGACGAGUCUGCAGGAUGCUAUUUAUUUGUGUCCCAUACAGGAUUUGGGGGAGUGGCUUAUGCUAUGGCAAUUAUUUGUGCAAGACUAUAUGCUGAGGGAAAUGUCCAACAUGAAGUUCCCUCAUCUGCUGUCUCAGCAUCUCCACUUUCAGUACCUGAUGACAUGUCAUGUUGGGCUUCUGAUGAAGUGGCACUCAAACUGGGUGACUAUCGGGAUAUACUAAGCUUAAUAAGAGUCCUUGCUCAAGGACCCAAGAGCAAAGCAGACACCGACAAUAUCAUAGAAAGAUGUGUGGGAGCUGGACAUAUACGUGAAGACAUUGUUUACUAUACUAAGGAACUGAAGCAAGGCUGUGAUGGCAAUGAGGAACAUGAGGCAUACCUGAUUGAUAUGGGUAUAAAGGCAUUGAGGAGGUAUUUCUUCCUGAUAACAUUUAGGUCUUACUUAUACUGUGCUUCUGCGGCUGACACUACAUUCUCGUCAUGGAUGGAUGCUCGUCCUGAACUUGGCUAUCUUUGCAAUCACCUCAGAAUCGAUAAAUGAUUACCAUUUUAGAAUAUUAGUAUUCUUUUUUAUUCUGGGUUUAUAACUUUACCUUCAUCCUUGGGUGAAUAAUUGUACAUAGUUUUCUUC